AUGGGUUACAAAAACGGCAAUUGCAUCAACAAGAAGUCGAACCAUGCCUUUCAACAGACCAGGACCGCCGGCAACGGACAGGCUCCCAAGCCCAACUGCUGUCGCGACUCAGAGGACGAAUACGACUCGAACGGACAUUACAAGGGCAGCCACCAUAGCCAGCUGCUUCUGACGGCCAAGACUUUACGUGACGGAACUGCCUGGAAAGGCAUAAGUCCCGGCCUUCCGUCGACCACAGCAUCUCCAGCCGCUGAGAAUAGCCGCAAGAGGCACAAGAGCAAUCAUGACUCCAUCGUGCCAAAGAUCACCGUCACCUCUCCGGACGGCCUCGUCUCCUACGGCAGCUGGGAUACACCUGUCCCCAUGGUCAGACUGAAGACGUCGCGGGCCAACGCACGACUCCUCCACGUGGGAUGGAGACCGGCCAGGGUUCCGGAAGAGCCCGGUUUACAAUCGUCGUCGCUACAGCACGAGCAGGGACAGUACACGCUGGCUACAAUCGAUGAUGGUAUCGCCAGGCUGGUGAUGAAGAAAAAUGUUGAUGUCGAGAACAAGAACGGUCAUGACAAGCUGUUAGACUAUGAAGAAUAUGAUUGGGACGAUUAG